AUGGCGUCCCCAGGACGCUCUGCUCCGGAGACUUCGGAGGGUCGGGGUACCGCCCGCGCGCCCGCCAGCCCCCGGCUCCCCGGCCCCGUUCCCAGCGCCCCAGGUCCUGCUGGAACAUCCCGCCCAGUCAGUCUCUGCUCAGGGCGCCCCACGUGCAGUGACACCGCCUCCAGGGCGCACCACGUGGGCUCUGCAGGCGCUGCACCCUCUAAGAAGCAAAAGAAGAAAACCCGAAAAGGGGCCUCUGUGGCGAAUGGAGGCGGGCAGGCCUCCAAAAAGCCUGCCCCAGAGGAACCUCCUGCAAGCGCUGAGGCCCAGGCGGAGCAGCUGGCCCGGGAGCUGGCCUGGUGCAUAGAGCAGCUGGAGCUCGGCCUCAGGACCCAGAGACCCAGCCCAAAACAGAAAGUGCAAGCUACUGCGGCCAUCCGGACCCUGCGCAGCGAAAGAACUCCUCUGCCCCGGAAGAGGCAGCUGAUGCAUUCCUUGUUUGGGGACUACCGGGCUCAGAUGGAAGCAGAGCGGCGCGAGGCCCUGCGGGCCCUCAGGGCUGCAGCCCACUCAGCACAAGUGCAGCCUGUAGGUGAGGCCACCAGAAAGAAGAGCCGAAGGGUCUGUAGGCCUCGCCCAGUGGGUGGAGCCAAGGCCACCCUGGACACCCCUGAUGAAGAGUUUAGGUUCAAUUUCUUUUAGCCUCCACCCUACCUUGGGACAGUCUCCCUCCCGGAGUGGUGUCGGGUUUGUCUUGAGUGCAAAGCCUUUCCAGGAAUGCUUUGUUAGACGGAUGUGGGUUGGUCUGUCCCUGGCUGGUCAGUGAAUGUGGUGACACAACUUUGGGCAGAUGUGAGACGAGCAUGUUGGGGAACUGACUGUCAGGCAAGGCCAGAUCCCACUAGUAUGUUUUCUGAUGAAAUGUCCCUCCCACCAGAAGAUAGGGUCACAUUUAGAAAAACUACAGUAAACCAAAGUGUUCAACUAGUUGUAGAAAGGAAGUUUUAUUUAAUGUUUAGAAUUAGAUUAAGUGGUUGUUGACAACAAGGAUUAGUGAGGAAGCCACAUAAGUGAUCCUUGGUGUUUACUUUUGAAAGGAUGCCUUGUCAUACUGUUAACUGCUUUAUGUCAUGUCAUAUUGCCCUAAGAAAUCUCUAUUUUCAAUUUAAAAAAAAAAAAAAGUGAAAGAGUGGACAGA